CUAUAAUUGGAGAUGUGGGGUCAUAUUUCUCCCUGAGUGAGAUUUCCCUGGUGCUCUGUCCCCUGCUCCUGUCCUGUUGUCCAGCAUGGUGUGUCUGAGGCUCCCUGGAGGCUCCUGCAUGGCAGCGCUGACAGUGACACUGAUGGUGUUGAACUCCCCACUGGCUUUGGCUGGGGACACCCGACCACGUUUCUUGUUCCUGACUACGUCUGAGUGUUAUUUCUUCAACGGGACGGAGCGGGUGCGGUUCCUGGACCGAUACUUCUAUAACCAGGAGGAGUAUGUGCGCUUCGACAGCGACGUGGGGGAGUACCGGGCGGUGACGGAGCUGGGGCGGCCUGACGCAGAGUACUGGAACAGCCAGAAGGACUUCCUGGAGGACAGGCGGGCCGCAGUGGACAACUACUGCAGAUACAACUACGGGGUUGGUGAGAGCUUCACAGUGCAGCGGAGAGUCCAACCUCAGGUGACUGUGUAUCCUGCAAAGACCCAGCCCCUGCAGCACCACAACCUCCUCGUCUGCUCUGUGAGUGGGUUCUAUCCAGGCAGCAUUGAAGUCAGGUGGUUCCGGAACGGCCAGGAAGAGAAGGCUGGGAUGGUGUCCACAGGCCUGAUCCAGAAUGGAGACUGGACCUUCCAGACCCUGGUGAUGCUGGAAACAGGUCCUCAGAGUGGAGAGGUUUACACCUGCCAAGUGGAGCACCCAAGCGUGAUGAGCCCUAUCACAGUGCAAUGGAGAGCACAGUCUGAAUCUGCACAGAGCAAGAUGCUGAGUGGAGUCGGGGGCUUUGUGCUGGGCCUGCUCUUCCUUGGGGCAGGGCUGUUCAUCUACUUCAGGAAUCAGAAAGGUGAGGAACUAGGAAAUUCCCGGGCAGAGGAGCUCCACGGUCGCCAGCGCGGCUGUGCCGGCCAGUGCCGCUGCUUUGCCCCGCGCGGCUGCUUUGUCGGCCCCCCAGAGCCGCGGUUCUCCGUACAAAAGACACAGGUCUGGGGGCCCUUUAGGCUGGUGAUUGGAGCCACGGGAAGUCGCCCAUACGCUGGUUCAAAAAGGGGACUGAGCAGAGAACCAGGACAGUAG